AUGGCCCGCCAUCCCGGGCUAAGCAAAGGCUGCAAGACAUGUCGUGACCGGAAAGUCAAGUGUGACGAGAAACGGCCUGAAUGCACCCAGUGUAUACGUCGCGGUGAUAAGUGUCCGGGGCCCACCGCAGGUCCAAUCUUCCUACAGGCGACCAGCUCGGAUAAGUCUAGCAAGUAUGUACGCAUCGGUGAGGGUGUGACGGAUCGAAACGCCUCUUCUAGCGUCGCCAUUCGUGCCCCCGUGAAACGAACGCCGCCGCCGCGGCAGAACUCGCCGCCGUUAUGCACGCCUCAAACCCUCCAACCCAAUGUCACCCUUACCCUGCAGGUGCACAUGGUCGACCGCUUCCUGUCAUUCUUCGAGAAAUCCGGCGUCAACAAAACGCGUCGGAGUCUGUGGAUCUAUCUCUGUCGUGGAAUGGGCGAACCCGAGGGCCGCUGUGAUUGGCAAUCUAGCGUCCGUGCGGUGUCCUUGGCGUUCUUUGGCACGUUCAACAGAGACCAGGCGGCCAUGAUCGAGGCCAGGAAGUGGUACGGUGUGAGCAUCCAGCACCAGCGGAACAAGCUGCUGCAGGCUUCGCACCAUGCACCCCUGCAGUACGAUCGUCCGGAGGAGAUCACCAAUUUUGUCAUUCUUGCGUAUGCCGAGAUGAUGCUGUCCACCAACGCCAAUGCCUGCUAUCAGCAUCUCAGCGCGGCGGCCACCCUGCUGGGCCGGCUUGAUCCCAAAGUCUAUGCGUCUGGGUAUCUGCGACAGCUGUUUCAGGUUGUCCAAAGACUAUUGCUUACCUACAACAUCGAUCAAUUCAUGGACGGGUCUUCCGCCCGUUACCGUAUUCCGUACUUGUAUGCGAAUGACAAGAGCACGCACGACAAGUUUGUUGAGCUCUUCACCGAUCUCCCCGACCUACUUUCUCGCCGCAUGAGCCCUUUUGAAUCCGAGUAUGAAAGAGACCACGUGAAUCAAAUCAGACAUCGCCUGAGCCAUAUUUCGCACACGCUUCUCUCGGAAUUCCCGUCGGUCCAAUUCACCUAUCCCCCUUCCUGCCCGGGAGAUGACAUUCUCUACGCGAUCCCCGUCUCUGACGACGUCACUGAAUCGGACAUCUUCCUCGUCAAGGCCCUCUGGAGUCUGGUCUGCGUUCUGACCCUUGCUCAUUCUGAAGAACCCAAGGACCGCAACUACACUCUCAUCCAGCUCCAUUGCGAAGUCAUCAUUGGUGCCACGGCUGCCAUCGUGAACCUGCGGGACGUAUACUGCUUCGGAGCCUCCAUUGCGCCUGUGAAAGCCGUGCUGUUGUACAGUCUAGACCAGAAGCAACAGGGUGAAGCGAUGGCUUUGAUCCAGCAAAUAGGCGGUGCUUUCAGGUUCGAUGGACUGUUGAGUGGGCCGGAGUGA